AUGAAGACGGGCGAGAAGCCUGCAGCGGCCGCAGUCGUGGAUCCGUCUGAGAAGCUCAAGGGAUCGCAAAAGUAUUAUCGCGGGUUUGUUGCUGGUGUCUUCUCGGGCAUCGCGAAGCUCUCAGCAGUCGGCCACCCGUUCGACACUAUCAAAGUCCGCCUUCAAACCACCGACAGUUCACAGUUCAAAGGACCGCUGGACUGUCUGCUACAGACGGUGCGCAAUGAGGGUGUCAGAGGACUGUACAAAGGCGCCUCGCCUCCACUGGUGGGCUGGAUGUUCAUGGACAGCAUCAUGCUAGGCUCCCUAAGCAUAUACCGCCGCGUCCUCAACGACAAUUUCUUUAAUCCCCACCUCGCCGGCCAAGAGCAGCCCAAACUCCCAAUUAUCGGCCACGCAGCUGCAGGCACAAUGGCAGGCUUGACGGUAUCCUUUGUCGCCGCGCCCGUCGAGCACAUCAAAGCACGCCUACAAGUGCAAUACCAGGCCGAUAAGAGCAAGCGCCUAUACAGCGGGCCCAUCGAUUGCCUACAGAAAAUCUACCGUGGCCACGGCAUCCCCGGCGUCUACCACGGCCUCAGCGCGACACUCCUGUUCCGUACUUUCUUCUGCUUCUGGUGGGGCACAUAUGCGCUGUUCACACGCACCUUCGAGCAACACACCAGUCUUUCCACCCCAGCUAUCAACUUCUGGGCCGGUGGGCUGUCGGCACAGAUCUUCUGGAUGACGUCGUACCCCAGUGAUGUGAUCAAGCAGAAGAUUAUGACGGAUCCGUUGGGCGCGGGGAGAAGAUAUCCAAAGUGGCGCGAUGCGGCUAAGACGGUGUACAGGGAAGCUGGCUUGAAGGGGUAUUGGAGAGGGUUUCUGCCGUGUUUCUUGAGGGCGUUCCCGGCAAAUGCUAUGGCGCUUGUUGCGUUCGAGGGUGUUAUGAGGAGUCUUCCCGAGUAG